UCAUUGACUCAUUGUUAUGGUUAUUGUUAUUAUUAUCAUUUAAUAGAUAAGUCUUGUUCAAUUAAGCCAAAUGGUUGAAUCAUGGAAAUGUUGAAGGACAUGAGAUUUUGGUGCCUGUUUCUUUUCCUGCAUUUUAUUUCCUUAUCUGAGAUUUUAUUGCUUUUAAUUUGAUUAUGAAUUCUUAUAUAAGUUUCCCUUUAUCAGCUUUUUGUUCUGUAGUCUGGAAACUGUGCAAAUUGUUCUUGUUUGUUCUUCAGUUUGAGUAGCCAAACAGAUAGGCUCUUCCAAUUUGUAUGAUUGCAAAAUGGGAAUUUUGAAUUAAAUGUGGGCAUGGUUUCUCACGAGAUUAGGGUUUUGCUUUCAAAUUGAUGCAGAUUUGUCUUUCUUGGAUAUUAGUUUAUUCUAGGCUUCUAGCAUAUAUGGUAUUCCAUAAUUGGGUCCGAGUCUAUGUGGUUUUGAUCUUUCCUGAUAAAUGAGUUGUAUUUAAAUUUUAAAUCUCCAAACAAUUCUACUCAGCUGGUUGAUGCUGAAGUGGAAGAGGAAGAAAUUAAAUGGAAGUUUUUAGCAUCUAGUCCUUCUUUUCUAGUUGCUGAAAACGAAAAUGACAUACUCAAUUCUGCAAUAAAUAGUUGAAUGAGUAUUUUUCUAAAGAAAAAAAAGAAAAAGAAAAUGAAAAUCCUGUGCAUUCUAAUCUUGGAGUGUACGGGAUUCAUUGCUGAAUUUUAAUCUUUCUACCAACAUCUGAGCUGUUUCAUCUUUGCUUGCCUCCAGGUUGUUGGUUCUUACAACAUUGGGUUGAGGGGUGGAAUAUCUACUGUUUUGAACAAUCCCGUUUCGGGGCAUGUGAUUUAUGAGUGCUUGUGGUUGGAAUGGCUGCGAAGGGGAUUUCAUGUGUUAAAGUACAGAGGAAUUCAAAGGGGUUUACAGCUGUUUUGUCAUCAACACUUUGUGAAUGGCUUUUGAUUUUUCUAUUGUUCAUUGAUGCAGUAUUAUCAUAUUUGUUGACAAAGUUCUCUCGUUAUUGUAAGUUGCAAACACCUUGUCCUUUAUGCUCAAGGCUCGACCAUGUCCUGGGCAAUGAAGAACCUGAAUUUUAUCACAAUCUAUUAUGUGGGAAUCAUAGAUCAGAGGUCUCGUCCUUGAUUUCUUGCCAGAUUCAUGAUAAGCUUGCUGAUGUCCAUGGGAUGUGUGAAGAGUGUCUCUUUUCAUCCACCAUCAAGAAAUCCAACUCAGAAACACACAGAUUGUUGGUGGGUAAAUUGGGUUUGGAUCUUGAGUGUUUGGGAUUUCAGAGACCAUUCCUGAAAAAGGAAUCUGUUCUUGAUUCUCCGGACACAAAAACCUGUUCCUGUUGCAAUAAGCCAUGGAGGCCUGGACAGAUUGCUCAAAGAUUGCUCCAGCUUAGACCAACUGGAGCCGGGUUUACUAAACCUGAUAUUCCUUUGCAUCGGUUGCCAGGGCGUAGUCACUUAAAUCAUCGAGAUAACUUGAAGAAGAUAAGAGAUAAAGUUUCUGGCUCAGUAACAUCUAGUAGUCCCAGAAAUGGUGCUUCUGAUCACUUGUCUCAUGUAGGAUACAGUGAGCUGAAGUUUACUUCUGACUCUGAAUCUGAGGUUCCAUUAUCUGAUGAUGACAAUGUUGGUAGCCUGGUUCAUGAAAAGUCUGGUCGUAAGCAAAAUUUGACUGCCACAUGUGCUCCUGAGAGGUCUUGUAAACCAUUGUCGGAUGAUGUGGCCCUUGGUAAGCAGAUACAUCAAGCCUCUAACCCUGGGCCUUCACUUCUGGAUUCAUAUGUGCAGACACAUGUUUUUGAGACUCAUGAUAUGAAAUGUCUGGAUUCUGAAGUUGCUACUGAAAAUAGAUUUGGUGAACUCAAUUGGCAACAAGCUAAUCAGAAGUUCAAUCCUUCUGCAUUACCUGAGCUUAUUUCACUUGUUGAUAUUCUCCCAUCAUCCAAUAUUGCGGAAGUUCCUGCAGGAGCUGGAGUUUCAAUUGAGAAAUCAGCAAAUGUUACUGGAACCAGUGACAUUGAGCAUGGGGAAGCUGUCAAUUCGAUGAGUGCUAGAAUUGAAGAAGGUUUCAAAACUGAUCAAGUUUUAAAUGUCCCUGCUCCUUCCAUGCUAGACUAUGAAUUGCAGAUAGCUUAUGCUUGUGGCUCUAAUGGAAUUCAGAAGCUUCAAAAAUCAGCCUCCCUGAGGAGAUAUGAGUCUGGUAUGGAAUCUCUGAGUGGGAGUACCUUUGGUGAACUUGAAGGUGAAAAUGAUUAUGACCCAUUAAAACAACAGGUUGAGUAUGAUCAGAGAUGUGUGAGGGAUUUAAUGAGGGAAUUAGAGGAAGAAAGAAGUGCUUCUGCAGUUGCUGCAAACCAGACAAUGGCCAUGAUUACGAGGUUACAAGAGGAGAAAGCAGCGCUCCAUAUGGAGGCCCUGCAGUACUUGAGAAUGAUGGAAGAGCAAGCUGAGUAUGAUGUAGAGGCUCUGGAAAAGGCUAAUGAUCUCCUUGCUGAAAGGGAGAAAGAUAUACAAGAUUUGGAAGCAGAGCUUGAAUUUUAUAGGAAAGAGUUUGAAGAUAGAUCAGUGAUGGCAAAUAUGCAUGAGGAAACUUGUGAUCUGAAGAGGGGAAAUGAACCUGCCAUUCUCAAGAUUCCAUGGUUAGAAUUUGAAGAUGAAAAGCAAUACAUUUCAGAGUGUUUGAAGAAGUUGGAGAUGAAGCUUCAGCAAUGUGAUUCUGAUGGUGCUUCAGAAGACAAGCUUAAAGGUCAAGAUUCUGAGAAACCACUGCAUGAGAUAAACAAAGAGGAAGAGCUUAACAAUAAGGAUACCCGGAUAAACCACAAGAUGGAAGAGAAUGGUUGGUCAAAGCUCAAAGAUUUACCUAUAUCCAACGGAAGCCCGUCUGCACAAAAGGGAUCUAAUGCUUCAGUUGCUGACAGUCAUUUUGCUUGUGAAGAGAACAAUGAUUUUGAUUCUAAUGGGAAAGAAUGCUCCACACACCAUAAUGACGUUGAAUUGUUUGCUCUUCGAAAUGAAGUUUCAGAUCUUAAUGACAGGUUGAAAACACUUGAGGCUGACUACCAUUUUCUUGAGCAUACUUUUAACUCCAUGCGAAAUGGUAGUGAAGGACUGGAAUUUGUUCAAGAGGUAGCUCGUCAGCUAAGAGAAAUACAAAAGAUUGGGAUAAGGAAAGGAUGCCAAUCUGUUCCAUGAGUCUACAUAGCAACAGAGGAUACAAUCAAAAGUUUAGCAGAAGCCCAGAAGCUAAUUGUUUCAUAGAUCAACAGUUUGUGGUGAAGACUGGGAAUCGAUGUUUGCAUUCUGACAGAUUGCCCAGAAAUCCUAGUUGAAUGAAGGAGACUGCAGGCACUGCCUUCAUUUUUUGGAAGGAAAGAAUUGCACUCUAAUAACUCAUACACUCCAUCUACCUUCCUUUAUGGAUGCAGGGUUUCAAUUUCCUUUGAUUUGUUUGGAUUCAUAGGGUUAGCAGGUCCUUUUAAUUUUUUGGAGAUUUUUUUUUUUUUUUUUUUACAUUGAUCACUUGUUGAUGAGAUUGUGAAGUAGGCAAACUGCCAAUCUUCAUGUAAUUGUAAUCCAUGUAUAUGUUUGUUGUUGACAAGGUGGGUUUGAUGAUAGGCAAUUCACCCCAACUGUAAAUCCAAAUACACCUUGAAUUCACUCCAUUGUACUCAUUAUAUAUAAAAGAAGUUGAAAUUUCUUUUAGCUAUUA